CUGGCUUUGGGGCCACUCAGAGAAAGGUCCAGCCCUGAGCAGUCUGGCCCCACAGGAAGGGGGCUGUGCGGCAGGUGUCAUAGGCGGAGUCCAUGGUCCCAACGUGGAGGCAGCAUGCCCGGAGGUCUUCCUGCCUGCGAGGCACCGAGGGGCAGGCUCUGGACACCUUUAUGGCUCUGUGACCCCUGUGUCAAACCUGCUGGACAGGAAGGAGAUUUGCAGCCAGCCUCCCAGCCCCACUCAUGCUUACCGCCUGAGGCCGCCAACCCAGACCCCGCACACAGCCCGCAGGGAGCCAGGUGUGGAGCCCUUCCUGGAGACCAGGGUGUCAGGCAGCCCUCUGGCCAGCUCCCCCUGGAGCUCAGGGAGCUCAGCUGUGACAAUGGAGUCAGGAGGGGAGGCCUCAACAGCCCAGCCCCCCAUUGCUGCCUUGGGGGAGCUGAACUCUGGGCCUGGCUGCUCCUCCCGGGAGCUCCCGAGGGCAGACCCAGGGAAGCUCCAGGCACUGCCACUCGGACCUAGAGCCCACGGCAAGGACUCUGACCCUGGGAGCCCCGGCAGCCCAGUUGCUGCAGGGGAUGGCCUCCCGGAUACAGGCCCCUCGGGGGAGCUGAAUGGUGGUGCUAAGCUCCCCAACCGGGACAGCGGGAUCGACAGCCCAUCCUGCAGCGUGGCUAAUGAGCAGUUCCCCUGCGGGGAGGGCAGCGAGGCUGGCCAGGGCCCCACAGUCCUGGGGCCGCAGCUGGACGGAGCCCCAGAAGGCAAGGCCCUGCAGGAGGUGGCCGAUAGCGACGUGGGUGAAGGCAGCGGUGAGGAGCCCGACCCCGAGAACAGCCCCCCAGGGGACCUUGCCGACCUGGCCAAGUGCUCUGAGCCCCCGAAGCUGCUCCACAUCGCCCAGGAGCUCCUGCACACCGAGGAGACCUAUGUACGGCGGCUGUACCUGCUGGACCAGGUUUUCUGCACCCAGCUGACAGAAGCCGGCAUCCCUUCGGAGGUCACCACGGGCAUCUUCUCCAACAUCUCGUCCAUCUAUCGCUUCCAUGGGCACUUCCUCCUCCCCGAGCUGCAGACGCGGAUCACACAGGAGUGGGACACGAACCCCCGGCUCGGGGACAUCCUGCAGAAGCUGGCCCCGUUUCUCAAGAUGUACGGCGAGUACGUCAAGAACUUUGACCGGGCCAUGGAGCUGGUGAGCGCCUGGACCCAGCGCUCCCCAGUGUUCAAAGACGUAGUCCACAGCAUCCAGAAGCAAGAGGUGUGUGGGAACCUGACGCUGCAGCACCACAUGCUGGAGCCCGUGCAGAGGGUCCCCCGCUACCAACUGCUACUCAAGGACUAUCUGAAGAGGCUCCCAGGAGAUGCCCCCGAUCGGAAGGACGCAGAAAGGUCCUUGGAGCUCAUCUCCACCGCUGCCAACCACUCGAAUGCUGCCAUUCGGAAAAUGGAGAAAAUGCACAAGCUCCUGGAGGUGUACGAGCGACUGGGUGGGGAGGAGGACAUCGUCAACCCCGCCAACGAGCUGAUCAAGGAGGGUCCGAUCCAGAAGCUGUCGGCCAAGAACGGCACAGCGCAAGACCGGCACCUCUUCCUGUUCAACAGCAUGAUCCUUUACUGUGUGCCCAAACUGCGGCUCAUAGGCCAGAAGUUCAGUGUCCGGGAGAAGAUGGACAUUUCGGGCCUCCAGGUGCAGGAUAUCGUCAAGCCAAAUGCGGCGCCCACGUUCAUCAUAACGGGAAGGAGACGGUGCCUGGAGCUGCAGACUCGGACAGAAGAGGAAAAAAAAGAGUGGAUUCAGGUCAUUGAGGCCACCAUCGAGAGGCACAAGCAGAACAGCCAGACCUUCAAGGCCUUCAGCAGCUCCUUCAGCCAAGAGGAGGACCCAUCCCUCCCUCCAGAUUCCCCUGUGGUGGGCUCCAGCUCAGAGGGGCCGGCAGUGGCAGCCAGCGGUGGAGGGGGUACAACAGGGCCUGAGCCCAGGAGGGGGUCUGGUAAGACCAGGCGCGACAAAGAGAAGCAGGGCUGCAGAAGCUGUGGUGAGACCUUCAACUCCAUCACCAAGAGGAAGCAUCGGUGCAAGCUGUGUGGCGCGGUCAUCUGUGGGAAGUGUUCCGAGUUCAAGGCCGAGAAUGGCAGGCAGAGCCGCGUCUGCCGAGAGUGUUUCCUGACGCAGCAGGUGGUACCUGAGAGCCCCAGCCCUGAGGCGGCACCCGAGGAGCCCAAGCACAGCACAGAGAACCCAGUGCCUGUGGACCCCCAGCCCAGCAUGCUCUGCAGCUCCCUGCAGGUGUCGGACAGCGGUGUGGUGUGGAGUGAGGUGUGGGCCACCAUCCCGGCGUCAGAACCCUUGGAGCUGGUGCUGCACUUGCCGAGAGACAGCCAGGAUGGCGGGCUGCCACGCACCAUCCCCCUUGCUGGCUGCACAGUGAGUGUGUUGGACCCUGUGGAGAGGCCGGACAGCAGGCACGUGUGGCGGCUACAGCAGGCCCAGCAGUCCUUGUACCUGAGCACCCCAUCAGCGGACCUGCGGCAGCAGUGGCUGGAAGCCCUGAGCGCAGCUGCCCGCGGGGACCCUAGCCUAGUGGCCCUGUGAGCUGAGCCUCGGCCCGGUGUCCCGGCCCUGUGGCCACCAUAACAGGGCCUGUGCCCACCUGGGAGGCUAUGUGCAGGCGUGUGGGGCUCUCGGACUGCUGGCAGCAGACAAGCCACGGGACACUUAACCCUGGGGGGACCUCUUUCUGAAGCAGAGGAAACAGGCCCAUGUGGCCAGCGUGUGUCCAGGAAGAGCCGUGACAGCGUGGCCUGGAGCAGGGCGCAGGCGACUGUGCAGUGAGGGAAACCCAGCUCCGGAAGGCAGAAGGAGAGGCCUGGGGGCACUCGGGGACACCGGGUGGAGGUCUGCAGCCUUGCUUUCCCUCCCCGCCACCCUGCCCCAUCUGGACCGUGUGAGCUGAACUGUGA